AUGUUGUCCAUAGUCAGAAAGACUACUGCAAAGUGCUUACCCAAUGUCUCACGACAUUUAGUGUCAAAGGGAGUGGCACAGGUGCACCGACCUUUAUUGUUGCAUCGUGGUUACCAAACUGAUACAACAUCUUCCGAAAAGGAUACGAUUGUCAAAUUAUUGUACAAUAUCGGAUCGCGCAAAGAAGUCGAACAAUAUCUGCGUCAUUUCUCAUCGGUCGAAUCGCAAAAAUUCGCUGUCAUUAAAGUCGGUGGUGCGGUUCUUACCGAUGAACUCGAGACAUUAGCUUCCGCUUUGACCUUUUUGCACCGCGUGGGUCUUUAUCCUAUCGUUCUUCAUGGUGCUGGUCCCCAGUUGAACCGUUUAUUGGAAGAAGCCAACGUCGAACCUCAAUAUGAUGAAGGUAUCCGUAUCACUGAUGCCAAAACCUUGGAAAUCGCCCGUAAAGUGUUUGCGGCCGAGAAUUUGAAACUCGUCGAUGCUUUGGAACGUCACGGCACCAAGGCUAGACCUAUUCCGGGAGGUGUGUUUGUGGCCGAUUAUUUGGAUAAGGAGAAAUACGGCUUGGUCGGUCAAAUCAAGAGUGUGAACAAGGACGCCAUUGAAUCGUCCAUUCGUGCCGGUGCUUUACCCAUUCUGACAUCGUUAGCCGAGACACCCGACGGUCAGAUUCUCAAUGUCAAUGCCGAUGUGGCUGCUGCUGAAUUAGCCACUGUGUUGGAGCCUUUGAAGAUUGUCUUCUUGAACGAAAAGAACGGUCUUUAUCAUGGUGUGACUGGCAAGAAGAUUGAUGUAAUCAAUUUGGAUGAAGAGUAUGAGGACUUGCUCAAGGAAUCCUGGGUCCGCUAUGGUACCAAGUUGAAGAUCAAACAAUGUAAAGAACUUUUGGACGGUCUUCCACGCUCAUCGUCUGUUGCCAUCAUUUCGGCCGGUCAUCUUCACAAGGAGUUGUUCACUGAUUCUGGUGCCGGUACUCUUAUUCGCCGUGGUCACAAGCUCUUCAAGUACGACGGACUUGACCAAGUGGACCCCGACAAACUUCGUCGUAUCAUGGAAGCCGAGGAUGCCGAAAUUCAGACGGGUGAAACUUCCGUGGCUAGCUACAUUCGUUCAUUGCAGCAAAAGAAGAAUGUCACCAUCUACACCGACGAGCCCGGUCAGGUGUUGGCUAUCGUGAGCCGCGGAGAUGCUGACGAAGGCAAGCCUGCUGUUCUUGAAAAGAUUCUGGCCACCAAGACAGCUGUGUUGAACAACGUUCCUGAUAACUUGUGGAAUAUCAUUCGCAAGGACUUUGAUUGCUUGACCUGGCGUGUGAACAAGACGGAAGACGGACACUUGGAUCGUUCGUGGCAUUUCGAAAGAGCCGAUGGAUCGCUUCGCAACCCCAAGGAUGGCAGCACGACCUUUUUCUACGGCGUUUUGGACGCCGACAAAGCAUCCCAGACUUUGAGCCAAGCUGCCAAAAUGCCUAGCGGCAAACGUUCGUACUCAACUUUCAUGAGCCGUCGCGGUUUCGCUACGGCUACGCGCCAGAAGAACGUCGGGUUGAUCGGUGCCCGUGGAUACACCGGUCGUGAGCUUAUCAACAUCAUUAAUGCGCAUCCCAAUCUCAACUUGACCCACGUCAGCUCUCGUGAAUUGGAAGGCAAGCCCUUGGAAGGUUACACAAAGGCUUCAUUGAACUAUGUGAACUUGAAGCCCGAGGAGUUGAAGGCUCAGGGAGAAGUCGAUGCGUGGGUGUUGGCUUUACCCAAUGGUGUAUGUGCUCCUUUUGUGAAUCAAGUGGAAAACGAUGUCAAGGCCGGUCAAUCGUCUGAUAAAGUCUUGGUGGAUCUGAGUGCUGAUUAUCGUUUUGACAAUACCUGGGCUUACGGUCUUCCAGAAUUCAACCGUGAUCAAUUGAAGGGAGCUACACGCAUUGCCAACCCUGGCUGUUAUGCCACUGGCGCUCAAAUGUCGCUUCGUCCUUUGCUUCCCUACCUCGACAAGGCCAGCGCUCCCACUGUGUUUGGUGUCUCUGGUUACUCUGGCGCCGGUACCAAGCCCAGCCCCAAGAACGAUCCCAAGGUGUUGCAUGAUAACUUAUUACCUUACAGCUUGGUCAACCAUAUCCACGAACGUGAAGUCUCCUACCAGUUGGGCACCAGUGUCAAUUUCAUUCCCCACGUGGCUGCAUGGUUCCAAGGCAUCUCUCUGACCGUCAACGUUCCUUUGUCUCAGACGAUGACUAGCCACAACAUCAAGGAGAUCUUUGAAGAAUUCUAUCAGGGUGAAAAGCUCGUCAAGGUGAUUGACGGUGAAACUUUUGUUCGUGAUAAUUCUGGAAAGCAUUUCGUCCGUGUCGGUGGUUUCGCUGUCCAUCCUGACGGUAAACGUGCCGUUAUUACUGCUACCAUUGAUAAUUUAUUAAAGGGUGCUGCCACUCAAGCAGUACAGAACUUGAAUUUGGCUCUCGGAUUCGAAGAGUACGCUGGUAUCCCCCUAGAAUAA